GCCGCGAGCAGACGACGCUCGGCGCUCGGUGCCUUUACUUGUAUGCGUGUGUGUGUGCUGCGCUUUUCGUGCACGACAGCUUGAAACCUCCGGACGUUUCCGCAAGUUCAUCACCCGUGGCUCACCGCUGCAAAACGACGAAUAAACGUUCUUAACGACUACAGUGUUAGUUUCAAAACGGAAGUUUCGGAGAACGUCUGCGGGACGUUUCGGCUCCCGGAACUACCGCUGCCACUCGCUCGGUCAAGGAGUCUCGGGCAUCGUGUCGUCGAAUAAUGAACUGUGCAUUCGUAUUUUGUGUGCCGUGAUGCGAGAAGUUGUGCUGCGCGGUCGAAGUGCGAGGAUUUGACGCCGAAGUGUUCGUUGUGUUAAGUUGAGCUCUUCCCACCGUUUGGAUACCUGGCAAGGCGUCCGGAGGAUCCUUCUGUUGAGGAUGAAGCGGAAAGGAGUGACGCACUGACUGACGUGGCGGUGCGUGCUCUAUUUGAAACAGGCGACCUCCUCUUGGUUGUGAGGGCGGAUCUGAUGAGUCGGUGACAAACCGCGAUGGAUCGUCGAAUCCCCCACGUUCGGGACGUGUUCAGCGACCUGCGCUCCUACGACCACUCCCCGCGGUCGAGGCGGAAGGAGUCGGACAGUCCGCUGCCCGCGCCGCGCCACCACGCGCCAAACAACCAGCAGCAGUCCAACCAGAAUCGACACCCGGACAAGACGGCCGGCGGAGGAGGCACUCCUGGUGCUCUGACGGAACGUGACUUCCGGCACCUCGAGCGCCACCUGUCCAUGAAGAAGACCAUACGGAAGCAGAUCAGCCGCAACUUGGCUCAGGCUUUCGUCGAGGACCCCAAGGUCCUGUGCAACAACGUGGUCAACAACAACAACCACAACCGGCAGCCUCCCGCGCAGCAGCCGCAGGUCAUCACUCUGACCAGGGCCAAGAUUGCGCGCUCGGACCAGACCUUCCUGGACAUGCUGAAGGAGCCCAGCAACAAGCCCGUCGUCGAGGACAACAACAACGCCGGACGCACCGAGUCGUGCUCGUCCAACCAACCUUCGUUCUGGAAGUUUCUCGGCAUCAAGGGCAAGGGCAAGCGGUGAAAAAGCGAAGGAAAGCCACAAUCCUUCGAUGGACAAGCCAAGCCAGGUCGCCGAGACACAGUGGCGUGGAUACGGAAUCAACUGGCCAUUCUCCGCAACCGUCGUUUCUUUUUUUAUUUUUCAUAUUGCUUUCUUAAGGUUCCCAGUGCGAAUGCUUUGUAUUGUGAAUGUUGUCUUUCGCCUAUCCUGUUAUACUUGUAGAAAUAUGUGCAGUGAAUGUUCUCUUGUUCUUAGCUGGAACGCUCGACCCCGUACGCACGCCUUCACGCUUGUCAAUGGACUUAACGCGGUUGCAAGGCCUAGCUUUUGGGACAUUCGCCUCGAAGACUCGGAUGACGUAGCCAGUGAGGUCCUUGCGAGGGGUUCAACCGAGCAGGUCGCACGCUAUGUUGUUCGAAAAAAAAAUGAAGUAUGCGCUUGUGAGAGGACAUGUACAUCGUUCACAACGUUCGUGAAGAAGGUUUCUUGUGGUGGAACGGCUAGUCCUUUAAGGUUGGUGAGAAGACGUGAACGGUGUUUGUGCGCGCACCUUUAAAACAUGCGCUACGACGACGUAUCGGUACAGAGGCGGUGCGACGUGAACAUUUUUUUCACUAACGACACCAGGAUCGACACCAGAUCGACGAACUGUGUCAUUCCUUUCGGGCCGUGUUUGGUUCGCUUGAGGCCCGGCACCAAUGGGACUAAGCUUGUGUGAACCCAUUGUGUCGACGCGCUUCGGGACCCCUACACACCGAAUCGACCAGGUUCAUACCGUCUCGACGCCUUUUGAUGAGUCACGUGGACCUCCGCACGCAAAGCGACGCCCGGUGACGGAUAUACCCGUGACAAAAUGCGUUAAGGCGACGUCUCGGCGCUCUUGGAUGGCGCACUUGGAUAUCGUUAGACAAUCGUUGUUUCUUGAAUAUUUGGCUGAUUUCUUCCUUCGGCGUGUUCGUUUGAACCUGCGUGUCCUUUCUUUUGUCUAUUCUUUGUAUAAUUGACGCUCCAUCCGGAACGAGUCGAUGUCGACAGUCACGUGGAUGCUAGCAGACAAAUCCUUUGGCGUUGAGCGCUGGCGUUUUGGACAUUUGUAGCGCCAAGUCCACGCGUUAGAAUUGCGAAGAGGACUGUCAUGUGCUGUGAGUACCGUGCUAGUAGUAUCUCAAGAGCAAUACGUGUUUUGGCAGGUUUUUCUCGUUGGCUAUUUGGUUUUGGAAAUGUGGCUCGCACGGAUUCGUAAUCUUAGAAGAAAUCGUGCGUUUUUUUUUUCUUCUCAGUUGUUUUUUACUAGCACGUGUAGAGGAGACACAGUUGUCACUUCCAAUUUUUAGAAGUGACGUACAGUGUUUUUGCCGUGUCUUCCUCACUAAUGCCCACAUUUUCAUGUACGGACGUUCUUGCUUAUGCCAUCUAUUUUGGUGUACGCCUUGCAGAAGAUGCCUGCAAGGCAUCUAGCUCGUGUGUUUUGCUGUCUAGCAUUUUGUUUUUAUUUGAGGAUGCCACUGUGCUGAGUGUUUCUCAUCCUAUUGGUGUGUGGCAGUCUCGACAUCUAGCAACGUUGUGACCAGCCGUUUAUUUUAAAUCACUUUAACAAUGAAGACGUCACUGAGCCACGCCCUUGGCCCUUGGAAACCUUGAUCAAAGUUCCGUGUGUUUGUUUUGUGAUACCUCUUACAACCUUCCCAUGGCUCUCGUACUUAUAAUUUCUUUGAAGCCUUUACGCUGCUCGCAUUCUCAUCUAACGAGCACACUCGUAUUUGGAUAGACGUUAGCUUUUUUUAAACGGACCUAUGGCGUUUGUCCACAUCUUGUGCAUCGCGCGGCCUAAGGCCUUGUUCUUUUUCACGCCUCAGUACUUUUGCUGAGGGUAAAACCUGUUAGUGCAGCGUGCUGUCAUUGCUAGACCAUCGAGGUAGUGACAUUCUCACUAGCUCUCUCUUUCAUGGGUUCAGCCAAUCAUAGACUUCGCGUUGGUAUAAUGCUGCCACACGAAUCGUUUCCAACAGUAUCCGCAUAACAGAGCCAAUACAAGAAGCACCUAGUUCUGGUUGCUGCAUCACCGAUGCUCACUCGGGCUUCCAGAACACACACAUAAUCAGAUUUAAGCAUGACUUUACAGCAGGCGAGCUUAACAGCAGUUUGCCCUAUAAUAAUUUUUCCCUGGCUAUCUCUGUUCCUGAAAGUAUAAGGAAACGUCUAAAAGAUGUACUGGGCUUGGACUGGGCCUUCAUCAUCUGUAAUAAGUCCUUUCUGCGUAACUGGCCUUUUAGGUCAACAAAAGGAAUGCCGUCGCUCAACGUGUGUUCUAGAGGCGUGUCACUACAGCUGUGUCACUGCGCACUACAAAAACAAAAUCUUGAAAUCUGUGAAACUGCCAAUAAGCACACCGUGUGGUACACGAGACAGGCCAGCCUAAAUGUGUCGGCGAUCACUGCCUUUUCAAGUUAGCUCACCGAGGUGAAACGUACGGAGUUGGCACAGGCCGUACCAUUGAAGUAGUGAAGUCAGCCACUUCUGAUGAGUACGCAGCCUUAUCUUUACAGACACCCCAACGCAUUGUCGCGUCUUCUACCACGUUGUCAGGAGCUUUUGCUAAGCGCCCAAGGAGGCCCAAAGGGGGACCUUUUGCGUCAGCUGGCACAGCAAACAGAUGGGUUUUGUUAGUGUUCAGACGACAUUCAACUCAUCCUUUUUCGCUGCGUGCUGAUUCUGAAGAAGUCGUGCGGUUACCGGCAGUACAGGGUCGUCCACUUUUGGUUGAGGAAAACAAUAAUAAACACUUAGCUUCUCCUAGGUCAGCUUUACCGUUUCUUUGACUUAAACAAGAGAACGUAAUUACCUUUUUUUUUCAGGUCCUACUGCCAAGCUGAUGAACAUUUGAACAUUCAUCACGCGAUCGUUUAAAAGUUGGAAGACCCAGCCCCGUCAGUGAUGGCCUGAAAUGUGAUGGCUGUCAGUCAUGCAUAGCUUGAAAUGGUGGCCUUGAGAGCGAUCACUCGUGGAACCUAUUCAACUUCGAAAAUUUCCUGUUCUCGUUUGAUUUGUACAUUACUGCACGUCUGGUUCUGUAACUCUUAAAAAGCGUAGCGUGCUGUAGUAGCGGAAAUGUAUCUUUGCCAUCUCUGUCUGUACAUCUCGGUAGGUUUGUCGCGUGCCCCUUUUCUAUGUCUUUCUUUUUAUACGUCUGGCAGACAAGAGAGCCAUAUUUACGCGAGAUUUAUAGAGCAAACACACAUUACGCACGAAGAAAAGAUUGUCGACGCGAGAAGUGUGAGCGCCCGGUGACGAUAGCGCCACCGGUGACGUUCGUCGAGUGAUGUCUGUGUACAAAAAGAAAAAAAAAAAAAAACAACUUACGAAUGAAUGAUCCCUGAUUGUGUGUGUAUGACUGUACAUACGAAGCGGAGAUUAAAAGAAAAAAAAAAGAAGCUUCACUACGCAAUAAAAGAA